AUGAAUAGUCACUCCAACGGGAUCAAUGGGUCUGAGGACCAUGUGCACUUUGGCCAGGAUAAUGCUCCACCUAUUGCUAUCUGUGGCAUGGCAUGUCGACUCCCUGGAGGAGUGCAUUCACCGUCGGAGUUAUGGGACUUUCUCCACGCCGGUCGGGAUGCUCGCGAUACGGUGCCAGCCUCGCGGUACAAUAUGUCGGCUUACUAUUCGCCGGAUAGAAAGCCUGGUACCAUUGUCACCCAGCAAGGGUAUUUUCUCGAUUCCACCAACGACCUGGCGGCACUGGACACGUCAUUUUUCUCCAUGCCUCGCAAGGAAGUAGAGGCACUGGAUCCGCAGCAGCGCUUGCUUCUCGAAGUGGCGCGCGAGGCCCUGGAUGAUUCGGGCGAGACAGGGUGGAAGGGGUCCAACACUGGCGUUUACGUUGGCAGCUUCGGUCAGGAUUGGUAUGAUACGUACUAUCGAGACACGGAGGUGCAUGGCAUCUAUCAAGUGCUUGGCCCACAUGACUUCAUGGUGUCGAAUCGCCUGUCCCACGAGCUGGACUUGCACGGGCCCAGUAUGACGGUGCGCACAGCUUGCUCUGCCUCUCUCGUGGGGGUCAACGAGGCAUGCAUGGCCAUGGCGCGCGGGGACUGCACGGCGGCCAUUGUGGGUGGCAGCAGUAUCCUCAUGGCCCCGUCGUCGACGGCUGCAGCGUCCGAGACAGGCGUGCUCAGUCCCGAAGGCUCGUGCAGUACCUUUUCCGCCAAUGCAAACGGCUUCGCGCGCGGUGAGGCUAUUGUUGCAAUCUACCUCAAGCCGUUAGCCAGCGCCAUUCGGGACGGGAACCCCAUCCGCGCUGUUAUUACCGGCACUGCAACAAACCACAACGGGCGCACACCCACCAUCUCGAGACCCAGCGCCUCAGGCCAGGAGACGCUCAUUCGCCAAGCAUACCAGAAUGCGGGCAUUGCCGCUGCUGACAUUGCCCAAACGGGCUACUUCGAGUGCCACGGCACCGGAACACGGACCGGCGACCCGAUCGAGGCAGCUGGCGUGGCGGCCUGUUUCGGCAAGGCAGGCGUGCAUAUCGGCUCAGUCAAGCCGAAUUUCGGUCAUGCCGAGGGUGCGGCGGGCCUGGUCAGCAUGCUCAAGGCUGUUCUUGCCUUGCAGCACCGCACCAUCCCCCCAAGCAUCAAGUCCCUGCCGCCUAACCCGCUGAUCCCGUUCAAGGAGGCCAAUCUCGUCGUCCCCACCGAACCCACACCCUGGCCUGAAGGUCGUCAUGAGCGUGUGAGCGUGAACAGCUUUGGUUUUGGCGGUUCCAAUGCCCACGUGAUCGUCGAGUCGGCAGCAAGCUUCAAUUUGACACCCAAGUCCAAGUCUGAGACAAGUGCCCAAAGCCAACGAGACGCGCCGCAGCUGUUGCUCUUCUCUGCCAACACCCCGCCAUCUCUCGACGUCAUGGUCGACAGGUACAAAACCUUCCUAGACAAAUCCCCACACUUGCUUCCCCAUGUCGCCUACACCCUUGCCAAUAAGCGAGAGCACUUGCCGCAUCGAGCAUUUGCCGUCUCCACAGUCGACAAGAUAGCGCCGGCUACACCCGCACUCUCCACCUCCACCUCUACCUCCACCAAACCCCAAGCCCAAGCCCAAGCAAAUGCACCUUCUCUGGUCUUCGUCUUCACCGGCCAGGGCGCCCAAUGGGCACGCAUGGGCUAUGAGCUCCUCCGUUCAAACGCCAGCCCCGUCUUCAGCAACACAAUUGCUUCCCUCGACAAGUCCCUCCAAGAUCUAGGCUCGCUGGCCCCAUCAUGGUCCAUUGCCCAAGAGCUCAGCAAACUUGCUCGCAAAAGCCGUGUCGAUGAAGCUGAGUUCUCCCAGCCGUUGUGCACAGCCCUGCAGAUUGCCUUGGUGGACACCUAUGCUUCGAUAGGCAUCCGCCCUGCCGCAGUGCUUGGCCACUCCAGCGGCGAGAUUGCUGCGGCAUACGCUGCCGGUGGUCUCACUGCCCGCGAGGCUAUUGUUGUGGCUUUUCUGCGUGGCCUGGUCACCACCCGCCAGAGUCGCAAGGGCGCCAUGGGAGCUUUGGGCAUGAGUUGGGAGGCUGCCAAGGAGCAUUUGGUCCCUGGAGUGGUGCUCGCAUGUGACAACGCCCCAAACAGUGUAACAAUAUCCGGAGAUGUGGCUCCGUUGGAAGAAACAAUCAGCCGCAUCAAGCAGUCGGGCUCUGGAGUCUUGGCCACUGUGCUCAAAGUUGAAAAGGCCUACCACUCACCACACAUGCAAGAAAUCGGCCCUGAAUACUGCGAGAGCAUGACCGACGCUGGCGUCGCGGGCAGUGUACAUACUGUUCCAUUCUUCUCAAGCGUUUCAGGCGAGUUUUUUGCCCCUGCCGCUAAGGGGAGAUUCGGACCCAAAUACUGGCAGACUAACCUAGAAUGCCCCGUGUUGUUUACAUCAGCCGUAGGCUCCGCUAUCAAACAUCACCUGGACUCUUCGAAGCAAAUAUUCUUAGAGAUUGGCCCUCAUUCAGCCUUGGCAGGGCCGCUUCGUCAAAUCAUCACCCAUAACGCGAGCAGCGCGUCGUACACUUCCACUUUGACCCGACGAGCUGACAGCGCUGAAAGCUGGCUUUCCGCACUUGGCCGACUGUUUACUCACCAUGUAUCUUUUGAUCUCCAGGCUUUGAUGCCAACUGGCAACACUCUAUCAGAUCUGCCCACCUACCCGUGGGAUCAUAAUCGCACUUACUGGAACGAAUCUCGUAUCGCCCGUGAGUGGCGUAUGCGCAAAUACGCACAUCAUGACCUUUUAGGUGCAAGGAUUCCUGACACCACAGACCUCGAGCCCACGUGGCGGAACUUGCUGCAUAUUGAAAACGCUCCAUGGCUACGUGACCAUAAGGUCAGAGGGGAUCUUAUAUUUCCCUUUGUUGCGUACAUGGCCAUGGCGGCUGAGGCUAUCCGUCAGAUUACUGGUGUUCAAGAAGCAGUUGAGUAUCGAAACGUUGCCGCGCGUACCGCCUUAGUUCUCAACGAGGGUUCGCCCAAGGAGCUAGUGACUACCUUCCAUAGGCUCCGUUUAACAGACUCACUGGACAGCGAAUGGUGGGAGUUCAGUAUCACGUCACACAACGGACACACUUGGACAAAACACUGCACUGGCGAGAUUCAGGCUCGGUACGACAAAGACUGCAAAUUUGAUUCUGCUGUUGCGCACGACAAUCUGCCACGGAAAGCUUCCACUAAGAAGUGGUAUGAUGCCAUGGGCCGUGAGGGUUUCGACUUUGGUCAUCACUUCAAGAGUCUUGAUGAUAUCACGACGACGACAACGGGCCCACGAGGCGCUCGCGCCAAAGUUCGCAACAAUUGGCAUGGAGACGAGCAAUUCUACUACCUUCACCCUGCCAUAAUAGACUCAUGCUUCCAACUUUCCAGUAUUGCUGCUCGACACGGACUCACACAUGACUCGCGUCCAAUUAUCAUCGCCAGCGUGGGCUCAAUGAUCCUCCGCCGCUCCAAUGUCGACAAUCUUGUAGUGUCUGCCACAGCUGAGUUGGACGGCAGUGGGGUUUGUGGGUCAAGCACGAUCAGAAGUGGUGACGGAUUCAUUGUGAGUCUCUCAAAUGUUCGUCUGGUAUCCUUUGAGAAUGGUCAUGAGGAAGAAAGCGUACCUAUUACUGCGCGAAAUGAGUGGGUACCACAUAUUGAGACGGAAGCUCUCAGCACUCUUGUGAAACCUAUACAAGAGAAUCAAGCCUACGCUACAGCGUUAGAUGAGCUUGCCGGCCUUGCAAUUACUGCCUCUCGGAGAUCGACUACUGGUCUCGAUGUCAUUCCAGAACUUCAACGAUACAAAACAUGGCUUGAUGAGGCCUCAUCGUGCUCGGAAGAAUUGGCUGACGCCACUUUGACCGCGCGUAUUGAAUCUCUAGCAACAUCUUUAGCUUCAACCUCCGUCGCUCACAUUGCGAAAGCCAUCGCCAUGGUUAAAGAUAAUACACCAGCUAUCCUUUCCGGUCAAAAGAAGGCUGUCGAGAUUCUGGAUACAGAAGACAGUCUUGGAAAAUUCAACCAAUUCUUACGGGAAUUUGACGGAUCGGCAUUUUUCAGCCGCCUUGGCCACAAUAAGCCCAACCUUCGGAUUCUGGAGCUAGGCGCAGGAACCGGCUCUGCCACGGCUGGCAUUAUUAGGGAUCUGACACGGCCAGACGGCCAGAUGCUUUUCUCGCAGUACGUGGUGUCUGACCCAUCCUUUGGCAUGGUUGAAGCUCUAAAGACGCGUUUCACCCGCGUUCCCAACAUGAGUUUUGAGAUGUUCGACAUCGGGGUUAAGGCUGAGCUCCAGGACUUCAGUGAGAGUGAGUUUGAUCUUAUCAUUGCAGCAGGAGUGGUUCACAGUACGCCCAAGCUUUUUGAUUCACUGGUCCGGAUCCGCCGGCUUCUUGCUCCAUCAGGAAGACUUGUGCUGCAGUCCUUGCGGCCCGGUCUGUCCUGGUCCAAAUAUGUUCUUGGCCUUUUCCCCGAUUGGGAGAUAGGUCUCGAUGACGGUAGAGCUGGCGAGCCAUAUGUCGAUCUGAAGACUUGGCAAGAGAGACUAGUGGCGGCAGAUAUAGAGGCUGCAUUCGAUCCCGACGAGUCAAGUCAUUUAUCUCAAGUUAUCGUAGGGAGGCCCCGUCGCGACCACCUUCCAGCGAAGAAGGUCACUAUUCUUUCGGACCUUUCCGAUGAAACGUCCAGGUCUCAUCCAAUUACCGAAGAACUACUCUCACGUGGAUAUGAGAUUUCUUACUCCUGCCUUACAGAUAUGCCUGUGUCCUGUCAGGAUAUUAUCGUUCUUCUCGAUCGGCACAAAUCCUUCCUUGAAGACCUGCAUGCCACCAAAUUAGAGCAGCUGCGAACCUUCAUCGACAGCAUGUCUAAUUCAGGGCUUUUAUGGAUCACCCAACCUUCCAAGAGCCAAGGUGCAGAUCCAAGCUUCGCUCAGAUUCACGGCCUGGCCCGAUGUAUCCGUUCAGAGCUAGGUAUUGCUUUUGCUACCUGUGAGGCAGAUGACAUGGAGACCCUUGGCGGAUGUCAAGCGGUUGCUGAUGUGUUCCGGAUCUUCUCAGAACGCGUCGAUGAUGGAGAUAUUGAGCCUGAUUUCGAAUACACUAUUGACAAGGGUAUGAUACGAAUCAAUAGAUUCUUCCCAGUCUCCUCUGCAGGUGAGGAUGCAGUCUUAGAGACAACCAAAGAUGCAAGAUUAGUCAUCGGUCAGCAAGGACAUCUAGAUAGCCUCCAUUGGGAAGGCGAGAUUGUGAGGGAACCCGAAGGAGAUGAGGUGCAAGUAGAGAUUCAUGCCACAGGUCUAAACUUCCGGGAUGUCUUGGUAGCAAUGGGAAUCAUUGAUAUAAUCCCUGUUUCCAUAGGCUAUGAGGCAACGGGAAUCGUGCGUCGCGUCGGGCCGCAGGUAGAGAGGCUCAGCGUUGGAGACAGAGUGGCCCUUUUGGGAACUCAUCUCUUUGCAUCGACCGUUACAACAACGGAGAAGCUGUGCGGGAAGAUACCAGAUGAACUUGACUUUACCAACGGAGCUUCCAUGCCGCUGGUCUUCGCUACAGCCAUCUAUUCGCUCAUCAACGUGGGUGCGCUUACACAAGGCCAGUCUGUUCUCAUUCACAGCGGCUGUGGUGGUGUAGGUCUAGCUGCAAUUCAACUUGCCCGCAUGAUAGGCGCCGAAAUAUACACCACUGUCAGCAGUGAGAAGAAGAGAGAGUUUCUUGUACGCGAAUUCGGAAUACCAAGGGAUCACAUCUUCAACUCGCGGAGUAUGAGCUUUGAACAAGACUUACUGCGAGAAACUAAAGGCAAGGGUGUUGACCUGGCGCUCAACUCGCUCUCAGGCGAGUUGCUACAUGCAACCUGGCGCUGCAUAGCCAAAUGGGGCACUUUGGUAGAAAUUGGUAAGCGUGACUUGCUUGGCGCUGGGAAACUGGACAUGGAAGUGUUCCUUGCCAAUCGAAGCUAUCGAUGUGUCGACGUUGGCGACAUGUGUACGCAGAGGCCUGAGAUGAUCAGUCGCUUGAUUGAAUCCACAAUGGACUUGUUCCGCGAUGGGCAUAUCAAGGCCAUCGCAAUCGACCGGGUUUUCUCUGGCUCCAAGAUGCCAGAAGCAUUCCUACACAUGCAGCAGGGCAGCCACAUUGGCAAAGUUGUGUUUAAAUUUCGCAACCCGGCAGGUGGGGAACUUCAGCUUGGGCAAAUCCAGCCUAUGAAUACCUCUCCUACAGCCGUUCUUGAUAGUUCAGCUUCGUAUCUGCUCGUCGGUGGUCUUGGUGGUCUAGGCCGUUCCGUAGCGUUGUGGAUGGUCCAGCACGGAGCCAGAUAUCUCACGUUUCUGUCCCGCAGCGCUGGAGAAAGCAACAAAGACAGACCCUUCGUUGAGGAGCUUCGGAGCAUGGGUUGCGAGGCGCAUCUAGUACGUGGAAGCGUCACUAAAAAGGAAGACGUUGCGCGAGCUGUUGCUGAGUCGCCUCGCACACUCAAAGGAAUACUCCAGAUGACAAUGGUGCUCCACGACCAAGCCUGGUCGAAGAUGACAAUCGACGAAUGGAACGGAGCGACGGCCCCCAAGGUGGUGGGGACCUGGAAUCUCCACAACGAGACCCAGUCGCUAGACCUCGAAUUCUUCAUCCUGUUCAGCUCACUCUCCGGCAUCGUCGGCCAGCCCGGCCAAGCCAACUACGCCAGCGCAAACACCUUCCUCGACGCAUUCGCCACGUUCCGCACAACCAACGGCCUCACCUGCACGUCGCUCAACAUCGGCGCUGUCGAAGGCGUCGGCUACUUCGUCGACGACGACGAACUGCUCAAGAAGAUGAAGGCAAUCGGCUGGCGCGCAGUACAAGAAGCCGAGCUCCUAGACGUGCUGGGAACUGUCAUGCGACGACCAUCACAUCUCGCAUCUUCGAAUGCCAGGCCCCAACAACAACAACUCCAAGGGUCGGUGGUGGCCGACAAUCUCGUCAACCCUUACAACACACUCAUCGGCAUCGCCCCCAUCAUCCCCCUCAGCAGCCCAGACAGCAGCGCCAAACUCCGCAAGGACGUCCGCAUGUCCGUCUUCCGCAAUAUGCGCGCCAACACCAGCGGCUCUGCAUCCUCCACCGACAGUCUCCGCCACUUCCUCGCCUCUGCCAAAGCCAACCCUGAGGCGCUCCGGAAGCCCGAAUCCGUCGUGCUGCUCGCGCAAGGAAUCGGCAGGAAGCUGAUGGGCCUGGUGUUGAGGGGUGGCGAUGACGAGGUGGAUGUGACCAUGUCGCCGGCGCAGUUGGGCUUGGAUUCGAUGGUUGCGGUGGAGAUGCGGGCGUGGUGGAAGCAGGUGUUUGGGUUGAAUUUGAGUGUGUUGGAGAUGGUGAGUAUAGGGAGUUUGGAGGCGUUAGGGAAGUUGGCCGCCGAGGGGUUAGGGGCGAUGUAUGGC